UCCCGCCCAACAAGCUCAACAAUGCCAAAACAACCGCCCAAAGUCCGGCAAGCUUGCGAUGCCUGCCAUACGCGCAAGGUGCGCUGUGACGGGUCCAGGCCAUGUAUCAACUGCCAAGGGUUAACGCAGCCUUCAUUAGAAGCUGCUUUUCAGCCAUCUCCUCAAAUAUCGACUGAAGUUGUCCGAUGGUGCCUCGACGCUUACUUCAAGCACAAGUACCCCCUCACACCUAUACUCGAUCGCCAGCAAGUCGAGCAAGUCCCAUACUCGCCCGAGCACUAUGGACUCAUCACGGCCUGCUGCGCUGUGGUUUCACUUUCUACCGAAAUUCUCCCACCGGCACCCACUCAAGGCCUCAUCAUUCCGCCUACCGACUUUCUCAUCUCCGAAACCCUCCGUUCAAGACAGCAUUGCGACCUCAUUGAGCACCCAUCAUUAACCCACAUCCAGACAUCCUUUUUCCUCUACGCCGCCUUCUUCUGUCUGGAUAAAGAUAAUUCGGCAUGGUAUUAUCUGCGAGAGGCCAUCACCAUCCUGCAGACACUUCGGUUGCAUGAGGAAGCCAUAUACAGCGACAUGGACGAUUCCCACUUUGCCUCAUACGCUCGGCGCAUGUUUUGGGUGCUGUUCAUCACUGAAAGAGGAUAUGCACUGCAGCGGAAUCGACCCGUCACGCUGCAAAGUACCCUGGAUCUACCUGUUGUCGACCAAUCGUCCCCAGACGCGAAUAUACUGCUUGGAUUCCUCGAGCUCAUCUCCCUCUUCCACCACUUUGACGAGGUUUUCAACGCGAGCUGGAAUUUCACCACUGCGUCAAACACAACAGAUCCGGCGCACCUGUCAAGGCUCCAAAGCAUCCUCAAGUACACACUCCCCAAUAUAUCCAACUACUCUCCAGCCCAGCAAGCAGACCUUCUCGUCUCGCGACAAUGGCUCAAGAUCAUAGUCUGGAAGCUGUGCGCGUCUAAAACAAUGCUUUCCACCACCAGGAGCGAGGACGUCAUGUCGCUGCACUAUCCGGCUACCAUCGCGCGUGACGUUGUGCUUGCCUCUCAGCUGGUGCCGACCCAAGCUUUCGAGGCGAAUGGCAUCGGCAUAUUGGAAAAGGUCUUUGACGUAGGGUGUUCGCUGGCUGACCUUUUGUCGUUGGUGCCUGUUGGCAGCCAAGGAUCGGCCAUGGAUGUUGGCCCUGUUGAUACGUUGAUGGAGGUUGUGAGAAUCGUGGGCACGAGGUUUGGGGGCAGCUAUAGGCACCUAGAUAUGCUGGCUGACAAGGCUAGUAGGUGUCUUGUUAUGAAUAUAGACAGAAGCCUCCCUCUGCCGGCUGAUGAGCCUGAAAAUAGUGUCGAUUGAGCCUGGCAAAG